AAUUCCAAGAGCAUGAUUCAAAUCAAUUUACAUACCCAGCCAUUUAAAACUUCCCAGCUCACUUCACGCAACAGUAACUUCUUCCAUCAUAAUUCAAGCUAAUCGACACUGUUCUUCACUUAAAACCUCCGUCCAACCAUCGUUUGAAUACUGAAACUAACAUCCCAAAGCCCCCGUCACGUAGCUUACAUUAAAUUCCAAUUCGAACUUUUGUAACAAUCAAACGUAACGCUUACGUCUCACUCAAAACCGAACGCCCGAAAACGUUGCGAUGGUUCCUGAUGGCAUCAAACACAGCAAAGCAAACCGCUCCUACCUCCACGACACGCUCAGGCACCUGGCACGGAAAGUUCCAUAAUCCAUAAGGCAGCGUAGAGUUUUUCCAGCGGGCAACCGUACUCAACCCUUGCCCGGUGUUGACCCUUCCCGGUUUUUAAACCAAUUGUUUGUUCCUCGCUAGAGGAUGAUUGAGGAAAAUAGCAACUGGAAAGAACCAAGCACGUCUGGUCCCACCGCGUCCACCAUUACCUUUCCCGUUCCCGUUUGUUGUAGUCAUCGAGCGCACCGAGGACCAAAUUAUUCCUGAUUUACAAGCCCUGCCCUGGGACACAGGCCCGCAGAGCGUGCUGGAGCGGCACGUAGUGACAAUAAAGUACAAAUUUAUUCAUGAUUCGUUUGAAUCUGAAAAGGCAUUAAGAUCCGGGCUGUGGAACAUUCGCCGGAACCCCUUUACUGUGCACCCGUCCUUCCCGUCCAUUGUUUGCUUUCCACGAGCGUGCACCGAAACCGAACGGAAACACUUCCGAUGCUGCUGGCAAGGUGCCGAGGUGGUGGGUCAGCUCGGGAAAGGACACUUUUGGCCGUACACCACCAGAACAACUGAUUAUGGAAGUUGUAACUUUAUUUACACGUACCGAACCGUACAGUGUUGCGCCGGUGGCAUCACCUCGGGCCAGUGUGUGUUUGCGAGGCGCCUGCGUCCAGCUAACAACACUCGACCACAGCUUACAGGUUGCAAUUUCCAUCCAGCAGUACCAACAGCAGCAUCAGCAUCGUCUAGUUGUUAUGCAUUGCCAUAUUCAUCAAAGUCAGGCAAGAUUUACUCAACCGGCGUGCUGGGCCAACAACACCCCGGGGGGAAAGGGUACGAAUGGGCAACAACAAAGCAGCCACACUGAUUGUGCAAAUAGGGAGUUUCUGUUUGAAUUUAAUUUUACCGUCCAUCAUACACAAACGGCGGUAGAGUGGUUUGUCUUGGGGCCGGGUGAGAUGUACAGCGUGAGUAUAAAUAGGAGGACGGGUUCGGCAGAUGGUUCAGUUCUCAAGAUUACGAUUAAGAUGCAUGCUAAACCGGUCUUUGUGCUGAUUGCCCUCGGGGUCAUCUGUCUGCUACAGACAACACCCACCUCGGCCUCCGCCAAUCACGUCCAGCAGCUGAUGAAAGUGUUCCGCAGCAUGACGCAGAAUUUUGACUACACCAAGAAACCGUCCUACCUGCUGCGGGCCAAGUACGGGGUGCAGAAUCAGUUGCGAAAUCCACUCGUCCAGAAGGCGGGCAAUUUGCCGAAAAGCGCCAAGCUUUCCGAUGGCUGCCUGAAGCAAAUGGUCGCCCGGGUGACCGAUCUUGAAGCGUCUUUCUACGCCAGCUUCAGCUACAACUGCCACGACCACGACCAAUAUUCGAUGGAAUGUCUGGAAGCGGCCGAACCGAAAUAUUUGGAUGGGCUCAAGACGCUUGCCGACGAGACGGUGCAGUGCAUGCGGGAACAGCAGUGAGCGGUCGGGACGAACGGACGGGGACGAAUAAUAAAUUUCGGUCAAGUUGUGAAUAGAUGCUUCAAUAAAUCAUUUAACUUUCAACGAGAUAAGACGAUAUUGAGUGCACUUUGUUGGUGGGGUUGGGAGCAUCGCAUUAUUGAGAAUAUUUUUAAACUUUGCAGUGUAUGUUACAGUGGACUGUAUGCAAAGAAAUCAUUGGAAAACUUUCUUAAAUUGGCACAAAAAACAGCGAUAAGAAGUUUUAGGUAUUAAAUUCAUGCUUUUAAAUUGUAUUUAAUGUCAAUGAUACAAAAUUAUAAUGGCAAUCAUUUACUCUAAAGUUAAG